AUGUCGGGCUUUGAGCGUAUUCCCCUAGAUCACUUCAAGCAGACCUUCUCGACAGCAACCGAACUUUCUAGUGUUGCUCUCGGUGGCCAGGUGGUAUCUGUUUCAGAUGAGUUCUUCGCAGAAGCGUUCCAUCUGCUCUUAGUCGAGCCCGCACCGAGCCUCAAAGGCCAGUUCGGCCCGAAGGGUGCCCUGUUUAGCGGAUGGGAAACCAGAAGGCACAAUCCAACAUACGAUUGGUGCAUCAUCAAACUAGGAACCCCUGGCUCGAUCAUUGGGUUUGACGUGGAUACGGCACACUUCAACGGUAACGAAGCACCUCAGGUAUCCAUAGACGCCCUCUACGCGAACGCCGACUCACCGCAAGAAAAUGAUACGCAAUGGGAACAAAUUCUUCCUAAAGUGGAACUUGGCCCCAGUUCCAGACAUCUAUUCAGAAUUCCGCAGUCCGCGAGGGUCAACUACGUCAAACUCAACAUGUACCCAGACGGCGGUAUUGCCCGCUUCCGUGUAUAUGGACUUGUGGCACCUGUUUUCCCGGCUAGUAAAUCAGCGUUGUUUGACCUCGCACAUGCUUUCUCUGGUGGACGAGUUGUCUUCACUUCGGAUCAGCACUUUGGCGUCGGCUCAAACCUGAUACUUCCUGGUAGAGGAAAAGACAUGGGCGACGGUUGGGAAACCAAGCGUAGCCGGCAGAAAGGCCACAAAGACUGGGCGAUUCUCAAAUUAGGCGAUGCGGGGUAUCUCUCGACCGUUGAAAUCGAUACAGCGCAUUUCAAAGGCAACUUCCCCUAUUCCUGCGAGCUGCACGCGACGGCGAGCGACGCGCUCAUCCCUAAUGAUGCCACAGCUGAUUGGACUCUUAUCCUCCCGCGCACGAAGCUCGGUCCACACCGGCAACAUUUCUUCCAGCUUCAGGACGUGGAAGGGAAGCCGUACACACACGUAAAAAUCACAAUAUACCCCGACGGCGGCGUCAAGCGCGUGCGCGUGAUUGGUAGUCGAGCUCCU